ACCAACCUAUCAAACGAACACUCGCGAACCAAAGGAAACCGAUACAUCACUCACACUCACAAUCAACCCCAAUUAACUCAUUAGUUAAUCACAGUCUAACCAAACCACUAUUUAUGAAUACUAAAUCGGGCAAAAAGAACUUAAACGGACCGGCUCAAAACAAGAUGUUUGACAGUAACCGGGGCGCUGCCGGGUCGUAUAAUUAGUGUAGUAUAAAUAGGCAGGUGGUGAGUGACAAAGGACAGUGCACUUCGUCUGCUCACUGGAAUACCUUGCCAGCAACAUGAACAUGUAUAUUACGGUCCCCUGCCUGUUGGCUUUGGUCGCGGCCGCCUCUGCGAUACCGCCUGCGACGCUGUCAUACGUCCCCAUUGCCACUAUAGAUAAAAUUCCGAACCCUAAUUACGGAUUUAACUACGCGGUAAACGACCCGUCGACGGGCGACAAUAAGGCGCAGUGGGAGACCCGCAACGGUGACGUGGUGCGAGGAGCAUACUCCUUGGUGGAACCUGAUGGCAAUGUCCGUCUAGUAGAGUACACAGCGGACUCUCUGACUGGAUUCAACGCGGUUGUGAAACGUACAGGACCGAAUGUACACUCCAUAGCAUUGCCGGUUGCCGCACCUAUUGCAGCACCAAUUACGCCUAUUAUUACGAAGCCAAUCGCAUCUAUCGGACAUGGACCCAUCGGCCCCAUUGGACCAAUCGGACCCAUUGGACCAAUUGGACCAUUCCCGAUUGCACCCAUCGCACCAAUUGCUCCAGUUCACGAGAUCACGCCCGUAGCGGAGGUUCAUCACCAGCCCAUCAUAACCCCAGUGAUCGACACCCCGCCAGUGAUCGCUCCAGUGCCCACGUUGGACAUCCUGCCCAUCUACCCACUGCCCCCGGCUGGCCCGUGGGUGCAUCUAUCAGGCACUUCUUAUGGACACAAGGGCAAUAUCGUCCGCCGCUGGGCAGCAGGUCCCAUCUCACUAGACGGUAAAACGCUCACCAUCAGAACCGUAAAACAUCAUUAACAUAAUUUAAGUUUCAAUGUAAAUAAUUUCUAUAACUAACUUCUCCGUGUAUAGGUAACCUAUUUAGUUACUCACGGCGCUAGUGUGUUCUUGCAUAUGUUUGUUCGUGCAAAAAUACACAUAGGUCAUGUUAGAAGUUAAGUUUGAUUGGUAUAAUCCAAAGCAACGAAGUGUACCUGAAUAAAUAAAUAUGUUUUUACGAAGGAACUUGUUUAUUGGGUCAGUGUGUGGUGCAUGAAAUGAGUUCAUUUAGUUAUGCGUGCCGAGUGCUCAAUGACACGCACGUUAGCUUGUAGUGUAAGCGUUUUCAAUACAUAACGACCCAAAGCGGUUAAUUACUUGUUUCGCAAAACAAUAUCUGUCCAAGUAUCCGGAUUUCCAUUGUAAUUAGAUGUUAUAUAAAUAACACUUACGUUGUAAUAUAUUACAAGACUUCGAUUAUUCGCAAACAUACAUACAUAAGUUGACGGCUUUAACAGAUUAAUUAGCAAAUCGCUGCGAGUAGUCAGGCGUGUUAAGGCCAUCAAUAAUAGUAGUUAUCUAAAUCUUACAUGAAUACUUC